AUGAAUGUCCGACUAGCCGCGGUAUCAUCGCCGGCUGGCGUGGCUUUGUUCAAGGAUCCAGACACGCUUGAGCGGGCCAUCAGAUGCGCGAAUCGUUUCAACCAACUCAACAUCUUAGAUCUCUGUCAUCUAGUCCGUUCGUGGUUGAAGAAGGGCGUCAACCUAAACAUAGCUGAACCGUUGGUGCCAGCAUGCGUGGAGGCUGUAGCAACGAUUGGUCCGCCCGACAAUCAACUGACCCUUCCAUCGAGUGCCAGGACUCUACUCGAGAACUCCAAUAAACCGAUUCAAACUUCCAGGGAUUCGACGUUUCGCGACUUCAUUUCACAGAUCGUGGACGAGAAUCUGCGUUGGGAGACACUCGGGAUAUUUCUGGCGGCCGCAAGCAGGGCCGUUCUUGAUACAACUGCCUUCGUUCCCCUUUAUGAUAGCGAAGAGCAGCGGAUGUCGCUUAUGAGAACCCUGACACAUAUGUGCGAUUCCUGCCUAGAGUUAUGCCUCGCGCUCGACUGCUUGAAUGAUCUGCAGCUCAUACUUCAGUAUGAAAACUUCAUGGUUCAUACUCAUGUCGAUGGGGAUCAGAGCUACCGCUCGUGGCGCCGGGUAGGAGAUCUGACAAGUUCUCUUUUUGCCUUAGGCUUGCACGAGAAAAUUGAUGAAAAUACGUCUAUCAUCCCAGUCUUCCUCGCAGAGAUGCGGAGGACUUGCUUUGCUCGCAUAUACUCAUUGGACAAGAUGAUAGCGAUAUUCUUAGGUCGGCCGCCGCGCGUCGUGAAAGACUAUUGCUAUUUCCAGAUGCCAAGUGGCAGAUUCUAUACACCGAGGAACGAUUACUACACACAUGAAUCCACAAUCUCGGUAACACCAGGGAGCAGCGAUGUUAGCCAUGAUCGUGGGCAGAGCGGCGUGGAGGCUAUCAGUUAUACAGCAGAGGUCCGCUGUUGUGCCCUCUUUGCACUCUUGAAGGAAGAGAUCCUCCAAAUAUUUUGCAGUCGACCGACUCGCCGAAAUGAUGACCACACGAGGAAUCUUCGCUCAAGGAUAGAAAAUCAGUGGGAUGCGUUGCCAUCACACUUCAAAUUGGGCACGCGUCUUCGAGACUGUCACUCUAGCGCGUUCGGCCGGGACUUUCUUGCUUCGGUUCGCCUUGAUUACUUACAUACACUCCUGCUUCUUGACAUAGCUGGCCAGAACAGCAUGUGUGAGCUUACUAGCUCGACUCUUAAGGUUGCUGCCCAGAUGCUCUCCCUCAUGGUAGAGGUCAUUGUGAUCCGAGAUCAUCUGGUCAAUUCUGGGACCUCUUUAACAUGGAAAGUCGCAUUAUGCGGGCUUCCAGCCGCCGGAAUCUGUUCGGUAGCACUCUUGGGGCCCCAAACGCAUUUCCAAGCAGAUGGCGCCCCGUCCUUUUCACAGCUGAUACAAGAUCUGAACGUACUUGUCGUGGAGAUAAGACUAGGAGCCUGGAUUCAGAAGGGACAUCCAAAUUUUGCGUUGUUCACGCAGGCCACGCAGACUAUACAGUCGUUACUUGAUGCUGUCAUGUCGAGGCAACUGGGGACCGACACAGGCUCGACGCAGGCCGCACAAUUCGACUUCAGUACCAUGCCGGAUUCGACCGUGAGGUUCCAGCCCUGGGAGUUUGAGAUGGACUUUUGGACAAGUUUAGAGGAUCAGCUCAAAGUCUACGAGUGA